AUGUGGUUCCUGGUUCUCUCUCUUAUCCCGUCCCUGGGGUGGACUGGUGCUGCGCCCCCCAUCCAGUCCCGGAUCGUGGGGGGCUGGGAGUGCAAGAGGCAUUCUCAGCCCUGGCAGGUGGCUCUGUACCAUUACAGCAAUUUCCAGUGCGGGGGUGUCCUGAUGCACCCCCAGUGGGUGCUCACGGCUGCCCACUGCCUCAACAACAAUAGCCAGGUCUGGCUGGGCCGUCACAACUUGUUCCAGUCUGAAGAUACUGGCCAGGUGGCCCAAGUCAGCAGCAUGUUCUCACACCCGUCCUACAAUAUGAGCCUCCUGAGGAGUCAAACCCUUGGGCCCAAUGCUGAUGCCAGCCAUGACCUCAUGCUGCUGCGCCUGGCGGAGCCCGCCCAGAUCACAGAUGCUGUGAAGGUCCUGGAGCUGCCCACCCGGGUGCCCGAGCUGGGGAGCACCUGCUAUGCCUCAGGCUGGGGCAGCAUCGAACCAAGGAAUCUUGCUCCCUGGAAGCUUCAGUGUGUGGACCUCAAGCUCCUGUCUAGUGACUUGUGUGCCAGAAUUUACUCUGAGAAGGUGACAGAGCUGAUGCUGUGUGCUGGGCUCUGGGAAGGUGGCAAAGACACUUGUGGGGGUGAUUCUGGGGGUCCACUGGUCUGUGAUGGCGUGCUUCAAGGCAUCACGUCCUGGGGCAGUGUGCCAUGUGCCAUGCCCCAGAUGCCUGCCCUGUACACCAAGGUGGUGUGUUACCAGAAGUGGAUCAAGGACACCAUUGCAGCCAACCCCUGAGCAUGCCCACCCACCCCCACCUCUAGUAAA